AUGAGAUCCAACCGUCACUCUUCGGAUGGGAUGUCAAUCAAAUAUCAGUGCUAUGCUAAUAGCGAAACCCGAGUAAGCCGCGGAAAAUAUUCGGCCCCGAUUCUAACGGCCGGUUCUGAGUGCAUCAUUUUGCGAACGGAUUCGCGAAUCCCAGGAGUGUUCGAUUUUCCGAAGAGCACUCCGGAGAGUGUUAUGAUCAUCGUGGACGAUGAAUACGCACUGCCUGUGGACCUCAUCGUGAGAUACACGGAAGAGGACGGGAGGCGACAAAUUUAUUUGCCGACUGUCAGUUCCCAACCGGAUUUGCACCACAAUCGGCUUGCGGAUGCCCGAAUCCCGUACACGAACGGCUGCGGCGAUGACUCAGGCGUUUCGAUUGAUCAGACUCGCGGUUACAAGCACGGCGAUGCAAUGGGGUCGGGUUUCUUGGACGGAGUGACUUCAUUUCAAUUGUCGCACCGAGCUAGGGUCUAUCUCCGUGCCCGCCGCGCUUUUCAUGUGCAAAUGAGCUGGAGUGAGGCGGAUUUCUUUGUAAGAGGCGCUCACAAAGGCGUCGUGUGGUCACGGGCGUGA